UGGUUUCGUAUGAUUUUGCCGUUCCUGCUGUUGUCACGUGGCUUCAAUGAUUUUUUUGGGUAACAGGAAUUUCACUCUACUAAUGCGGAAACAAGAAUGACAUGCGAAUACAGAGCAUUCAAAUUAUUGCCGCAGAUCAGAGUAAAAUCGAGUGUAUUGAUAGUAUUUUAACUCGUCCCGCCCGAUAUUUUCGAGGUAGCUGGUGGGUGGACAUGGAGGGGGGAGGCGCGACGGCUGGAAACGCAGACUGGAUGUCUCAAUUGCCAGAGGAGCUGUGGGACAUGUCGCUUUGGGACCUGGCGAUACCCGGCAGUCACGACAGCAUGACUUAUUGUCUGGACACAUGCUCUCCUGUGUUGAGUUCUGAGUCAUUGCUGAAGUGGCUGGAUCGGCUAGUCCCCUGCAUCACACGGCCCUGUAUCUACCGCUGGGCCACCACACAGGUGUGGUGUAUUACAGAUCAAUUGGACGCUGGAAUCCGCUACUUCGACCUGCGCAUCGCCCAUAAAAAUAUUAAAAAAACAUGCUUCACACAAGAUGCGUUUAACUCUAGCCGCUCCGAUGACACAUUGUACUUUGCUCAUGCAAUCUACACACUGCAAACUGUUAAGGAGGCCCUGACGUCCAUAGCUGUGUGGUUGGAGCAGCACCAGAAGGAGAUCGUGAUCCUGUCAUGUUCCCAUUUCUACGAGCUGAGUGAUGGUGAGCAUGAGGCCUUGGUCUCCUUCAUCACACUGCUGUUUGGAGACAAACUCUGCCCCCGACAGGAAACCCCCAGUCUGAGCAAGUGCUGGAGUCUGGGACAGCAGGUCAUUGCCUCAUACGAAGAUGUUCCGAUUCUUAAAGAACACAAGGAACUGUGGCCUAAGAUCCCUUAUUGGUAUGCUAACUCUCCAGACCCCCAAAGGGUCAUCUCUUACCUGGAGGAUAUGCAGAGGACCCAAGGAAGACCAGCUAAUUUCUUCGUCUCUGGGCUAAACCUAACAACCUAUCCAGCCCUGGUGGUCUGCCACCCGUAUCUGACAUUGAGGAAGUUGACGAUGAAGAGUUUCCCUCUGCUGCUUAACUGGGUGGUGGACCAGACUCCUGGGCCGGAUAACACCUCUGUCAACAUCAUCUGUGCUGAUUUUGUGGGUCUGACGGAAUUUGCAUCUGUGGUUAUCAAUCUCAAUAAGAAACUGCAGAAGACAAAGGACCACCGAUGACUGAUGAAAACUCUUUAUCUCAGGGCUUAACUUAACAGAUACUGCCCUGGUAGUCUGCUGAUCUGGUAGCUGAGUGGAGGACCGGACUCCUGGACCAAAACAAACCUCUGUCGACAUACUCUGUGGUACUUUUCACAGAUGAAGUCUGGCUGACAUUGCAUCUGUGGUUAUCAAGCUCAAUACGAAACUGCUGAAAACAGAGAACUACCGAUGAUUGAUGAAGAGUGAGAAAGAGAUAAUAUUGCAAUGAAUCCCAAAUGGGCUACUUGCACAUUCCAACCUAUGUACUGGGGAAUUCUGAGAGGGUGUAGGUGUUAUUAGGAUUGCACUUUGAUGUAGUAGUGUGCACAAACUGUAUUAGGUCUAGUAUGGGUGUCAACUUAAUUGUUAUGCAUAAUAUGUUUACAAUAGGAUGCCAAAGGAUAUAAAAAGUUCUAUUUUGAUUCUUUAAAGGGCAAUAUGUAUAAUAUUUGCAUUGUAAUUGUAAAAAAUGUCCUAAAUAUAACCACAGUUAAAGAGGAAUUAUAAUGUUACAAAAUAUUUUUUCACUCUGAAAUUGUUUUGGAUGCAGACUUUAUUAGAUGGCUUUUGUUGUAAAAUGGAGGCUAAAUGUCACUGAUAUGACUUCCUCAAGCAUAUUGACACAAAAUGAAAGAUUAAAAGAAAUACAGUUGCUAAAAUUCUAUAAUGUGAUAAACCAAGUAUUAGUGUAGGGAAUAUUUAUCCCACAACUUGUGAAAUAUCUUUAAAAUAUCCAAAAAAAUAUAUAAAACAUUUGCUAUACAACCUUUUGAGUCUUGAUUGGGAAAGUAGUGUUGAAUGCAAACUGUUUUUGCAAAAUUUCCCCCAGCUUCACCAUGGAGAAUACAUUUAAUACAAAGCAGUUCUAUUUAAUUCCAUUUAUUUUGAGAACUGUGUAUUAGCAAAAUGUGAAAUACUCUUGCUACUUUAAGGAGCAACAUAUAGAAUAUAUACAUUGUAAUUGUAGAAAAUGUUCAUAAUAUAUCUGCAGUAAUAGCGUGAUUAUGGUCUUUCACAAUUAUUUUUCCUUGGGAAUUAUUUUAAAUGCAGUUGUUUUGUUCAGCUGAAUUAAGAAUACUUGGAUUUUAUAUGGAAACGCUCUAGCCUCCUUUUCCUCAGUGAAUAUCACUAAGAGGGCAAGGUAACUGUGAGAAAAGCACUUAAAAGUUUAGGAUAUCAUUGUACCAUCUGAAUUGCUGUGAGAUAUCUUUAAAAUAGACAACACAAUUUUAAAGAUGGUGGACGAAGCGUUUGGGUGGGAACCCAGGAAAGGUGGAAGACCUUUUGAAUGCAGUGUUAUUGUUGCAGUUAACCAAACUUUAAAAUGAAAAAUGUAUUCUAAACAUUCUAAUUUACUUCAUGCAUAGACAAUUGAAAACUUAGAAUUAUGUUAAUAUAGAAAAAUCUUUGAACACUAGCAACAAAAUGAAAACAUGUGAACCACUCAAUUUAAGCACAUUCUCAUGGCUGAGAAUGGUGACACCAUCUCUCCUUUUGUUCAAAUAGCUUGUGGUAAACAAAUGUGCAGCGACAGAUUUACAAAGCUUGCACUGGACUAGGGUCGGUCUAAUUCUUCAGCAAUACAAAUUGAACUGAGCCCUAGGUUUUAUAAAGAAACUAAACAACCUGUUUCAACUAAUUUACAUAGUAAAAUAUAAGAAAUGAUAUGAGAAAAAAAGCACACAUUUUCUGGGGGCAUUGAACAAGAUGCAUUUAAACAUUUGACACAAUGCACAGAUAAUCUGUCAGAAAUAGGAAGUGAAAUGUAUAUAUAUAUAUCAAUCA